AUGCCUGUCCCCGACAGAAACCCCCAGACUCUCUACGACAAGGUGCUCUCGCAUCACGUCGUCGACGAGAAGCUCGACGGCACCAUCCUCCUCUACAUUGACCGACACUUGGUCCACGAGGUCACCUCACCGCAAGCCUUUGAGGGCCUCAAGAACGCGGGGCGCAAAGUCCGGAGACCUGACUGCACCCUGGCCACCACCGAUCAUAAUGUCCCGACGUCGUCGCGCAAGGCCAUGAAGGACAUUGCGUCCUUUAUCGAAGAGGACGACUCCCGCACGCAGUGUGUCACCCUCGAGGAGAACGUCAAGGACUUUGGCCUCACCUACUUUGGCCUCGGCGACAAGCGCCAGGGCAUCGUCCACGUCAUCGGGCCCGAGCAGGGCUUCACCCUCCCCGGCACCACCGUCGUCUGCGGCGACAGCCACACGUCGACGCACGGCGCCUUUGGAGCCCUCGCCUUUGGCAUCGGCACCAGCGAGGUCGAGCACGUGCUGGCCACGCAGUGCCUCAUCACCAAGCGCAGCAAGAACAUGCGCAUCCAGGUCGACGGCGAGCUGAUGCCCGGCGUCAGCUCAAAGGACGUCGUCCUCCACGCCAUUGGCAAGAUUGGCACCGCGGGCGGCACCGGCGCCGUCAUCGAGUUCUGCGGCUCCGUCAUCCGCGCCCUGAGCAUCGAGGCUCGCAUGUCCAUCUGCAACAUGUCCAUCGAGGGCGGCGCGCGCGCCGGCAUGGUGGCCCCCGACGACACCACCUUUGAAUACCUCAAGGGCCGCCCCCUGGCCCCCAAGUACGGCUCCGACGAGUGGAACGCCGCCGUCGCCUUUUGGAAGUCGCUGCAGUCCGACGCCGAUGCCAAGUACGACAUUGACGUCUUCAUCGACGCAAAGGACAUCAUCCCCACCGUCACCUGGGGCACGAGCCCCGAGGACGUCAUCCCAAUCACCGGCUGCGUCCCCGACCCGGAGACGUUUGCGACCGAGUCCAAAAAGGCAGCCGGCCGCAGGAUGCUCGAGUACAUGGGCCUGACUGCCGGCACGCCCAUGGAGGACAUCGUCGUGGACAAGGUCUUCAUCGGCUCCUGCACCAACUCGAGGAUCGAGGACCUGCGCGCCGCCGCCCACGUCGUCAAGGGCAGGAAGCUGGCGCCCAACAUCAAGCGCGCCCUGGUCGUGCCAGGGUCCGGCCUCGUCAAGAGCCAGGCCGAAGACGAGGGCCUCGACCAGAUCUUUGUCGACGCCGGCUUCGAGUGGAGAGAGGCCGGCUGCAGCAUGUGCCUCGGCAUGAACCCGGACAUCCUGUCGCCUCGGGAGCGGUGCGCCAGCACGUCGAACCGGAACUUUGAGGGCCGGCAAGGCGCCGGCGGCCGCACCCACCUCAUGUCCCCCGUCAUGGCCGCCGCCGCCGCCGUCGUCGGCAAGCUGGCCGACGUGCGCAAGCUGGCCGACUACGGCGCCAGCCCGCACGUCGAGGCCCGCACAUCAUCGUCUACAGAGAAGCCGCGCGUGGACGAGAGCGUGGACGAGCCCGAGGCGAGGGACCUGAUUGGCGACCAGCCCCAGGACUCGCAGCCGCACACCAACACGUCCGUCUCGGCCGGGGGCGCGUCGGCCGGGCUGCCCAAGUUCCUCACCCUCAAGGGCGUGGCGGCGCCGCUGGACAUGGCCAACGUCGACACCGACGCCAUCAUCCCCAAGCAGUUCCUGAAGACCAUCAAGCGCACGGGGCUGGGGACGGCGCUCUUCCACGGGCUGCGCUACAACGCCGACGGGAGCGAGAACCCGGGCUUCGUGCUCAACAAGGAGCCGUACCGCGGGGCCAAGAUUCUCGUGUGCACGGGCGCCAACUUUGGCUGCGGCAGCUCGCGCGAGCACGCGCCGUGGGCCCUGCUCGACUUUGGCAUCAAGUGCGUCAUCGCGCCGUCGUACGCCGACAUCUUCCACAACAACACCUUCAAGAACGGCAUGCUGCCCAUCCAGGUGGACAACGGCGCGGACCUCGAGGCGAUUGCGGCCGAGGCGCGCGCGGGCCGCGACGUCGAAGUCGACCUCCCGGGCCAGGUGAUCCGCAACUCUGCGGGCGACGCCAUCUGCGGCUUCGAGGUCGAGGAGUUCCGCAAGCACUGCCUCGUCAACGGGCUCGACGACAUUGGCCUGACGAUGCAGCUCGAGGACAAGAUCACCGACUUUGAGCGCGCCAUGUCCCGCCAGACGCCCUGGCUCGACGGCUCCGGCUACCUGCGUCGCAGGGGGCAGGGCGGGCGGCUGGCGGCCAAGGCGGUGCCGGUGCCGAAGACGAACCGGGGUGAGGAGAAGACGGAGCCGCUCGAGUGGUGA